AUGACGUAUGCGCGAAGCUGCGCGCUCCUUGCCAAAAUCGCGCCGUCUUCGGGGCGCGAGUGCCCUUGUGUUGUCACGGAGUCUUUAUUUACCUGCGCCAUUGCCACCGUCUCCGCUGCCGCUGCCGCCGCCGCCGCCGCCGCGGGCGCCCUCGCUCUUCAGCAGCACGGCGAUCACGUCGUCGCAAGUGGUCUUGCGGUUGACGCCUGUCACCCACCGCUGCCGGCUGUUCACCCACACCGGGAUCUCUGCCGUUGUCAUCGUUGUGUCCGGUCGCCGGGGAGCUGCAACACAAGAUUGUCUGGAGAUUUGCUGAUUGAGGAGAGAUAUUGGAGGUGUUAG